CUACUGUUCUUCAUCGAGAACUGUACUAGUCGAGGACGCAAUCCUGAGACGCAAUAUGACGUUGGAGUCGUACCUAACAGUACCGGCUUUGGCGGCUACCGUGGCUGCUGUACUCGCGGGAAACAUUAUCUGGACUAUCAUCUCCAACGUCCUCGCGUCGCCAAUCCCUUCGUCUGUCCCUGGUCCGUUUCUCGCUCGCCUCACCAGCAAAUGGAUCCUUUUCGUCGACAUGUCGGGCUACCGCGCUCGCACCGUGGAUGCGCUGCAUAAGAAAUACGGCCCUGUCGUGCGCCUGGCCCCAAACGAGUUGUCAUUCUCCUGCCGGGAGGCCGUCCAGCCCAUUUACGGGACCGGAUCUACGUGCAUCAAGGGCCCGAUUUACGACUACUUUGGCAAGCGCGGCUUGUUUCAGAUGAAGGACGCCGGCGAGCACCGCGAGCGCCACAGGCGUAUGGCUCAUAUCUUCAGUGCGGGCUCGCUGCAGCAGAUGGAGCCCCUGGUCCAGUCCGUCAUCGACCGCACUGUGGGCGCCAUCGAAAACAAGGCCGGGCAGGUUUGUGAUGCGCUGCAUUUCUGUCGGAUGAUGGCCCUCGAUGUCGCUGGUGAGGUCCUGAUGGGCAAGUCGUUUGGUGCGUUUGACGGCCAGGAGAACGCCCCUGUUUACGUCAAACAUUUGGACAAUGCAUACCCGGUGUGGUUUAUCCAGGGUAUCGCCCCGCUGGUAUAUCACACCCUUAACAUGCUGCCCAUUCCAGCGUUGCAGGAGUUCAUGACCUCUGGGGACUAUGUAUACAAGUACGGCAAUGACGCUUUCGAGGAGUUCCUCAGACUGAACGGCCGCACUUCGAAUCGACGCACGCUCCUUACCAAGCUCAUUGCCGGCAACCCGGAGACGGGUGCUGAGCCCCUCCCAGAUGCCGAUAUCAGCACCGAGGUUUCGAACCUGACCUUUGCCGCGGUCGAUACCACUGGUAACACCGGAGCGUAUGCCCUCUACCGCUUGGCUUGCCACCCAGACUGGCAAGAGAAACUACAGACCGAGAUACGCACCUCGCGCGCCAGGGAAACCAACUUCGCUUAUCGGAUGCUGCAAACGCUCCCUGUCUUGAACGGCGUUCUCAUGGAGACGUUGAGGCUCCACCCGGCCCAGCCGAGCGGCCCGUUGAGGGAGACUACAGACCAUAGCACCAAUAUUGCUGGGUUGAAUCUGCCAGCGAAGACCCUCGUAUCCAUGCAAGCCUACACAACCCAACGCGACCCAGCCUACUUUCCUAAUCCGGACAAGUUUGACCCGGGCCGCUGGAUCAAGGCCGACGGCACCAUCAACCCAGGGACCCCCGAGCUGCAGGACAUGAUGCUGGUUUGGGGCAAGGGCCCACGCACGUGUUCCGGCCAGUACAUGGCGACCAUGGAGUUGAAGAUUCUGCUCGCCCGGCUGAUGGAUCGCUUUGGGGUCGCGUUGCAUGGGGAAAAGACGCAUCUCGAGAUGGAAAUGACGGACCAUUUUGUGCUUAUCCCUAAGGGGCAUUGUUGCAGUUUGGUUUUUACUACCUUAGGGAGUUAAGACUUAGAAGUGGUCAAGCCCUACGGGCCUGACUGGACACAGUCUACUGCUGCCCAGUCUGGGCCUGAGACAAGGAAGGAGAUGAUCAGCCAAUUCACCUGAGACAGAUUGAGUAUAUCGUGACCGUGUUGGGGUAUGGCGGCAUUCAACAACCAGCCGCUUGUGGGUGCAUGGCGUAAAUGAAGCAUCCCUCCUCUCUUGUGUAGGUGGCUGGCCGGAACAUGAAUUUGAGUAGCGGUGUGUUCACGUCAACCCACAGCCGACAUAUUCCCUUGCUUUUUCCGACGUGCAGGGACGACGAUCACUCAGUAUACAAGAGGAUUCCG